UUCUUUUCUGAGAUGUGUUUGUGUGAACUGUGAUUAAUUUUUUGAAAACUUUCGCAAAAAAUAUUUGGUUGGUCGCUUGGCGAUUAUCUAAGAAAAAUGGGUCGGAGAAACCGUAAUGUUAAUAAAUUCGCUCAAAGGAAGCGUGACCGAAAAGAACAGGAAAAAAGCCGUCAAGAAAAUCCGGCGCCUGAUACUCGGAAACAUUAUGAAGAUAUAGUACGUGAAAAUGCAGCUUUUGAGGAGUAUUAUAAGGUUCAAAAAGUAUGCCCGGAAGAUCAGUGGGACGAUUUCAUGAAAAGCAUAAAGGAAAACUUGCCUACAGCAUUCAGAAUAACAGGCUCCAAAUGUGAGGCGGACGCCUUACUAAAGAUUGUGACCAGUGAAUACUUCUCUGAGAUACUGAACAUGAAGUUAAAAGUGGAGGGAAAAGAUGAGGAGGAGGAGAUUAAGCCUAUUAACUUACCUUGGUAUCCAGGAGGUCUAGCCUGGCAACUGCGCCUAUCGCGAACUGACAUCCGUCGUAAUGAGGCACUGUACCGUCUCCACAACUUCCUUGUGGCCGAGACUGCAGCUGGUGGAGUGUCAAGACAGGAGGCAGUGUCAAUGAUACCCCCUGUUGUACUACAAGUUGAGCCACAUCAUAAGGUUUUGGAUAUGUGUGCAGCACCAGGCUCAAAGACUGCUCAACUUAUUGAAUUCUUGCAUUCAGAAGAAGACAAGACUCCUACUGGGUUUGUAAUGGCAAAUGAUGUGGACAACAGUAGGUGCUACAUGUUAGUGCAUCAAGCGAAGAGGCUCAACUCACCAUGCAUUGUGAUAACCAAUCACGAUUCUGCUGUGAUGCCUUCAUUGGUUGUCACUGAUGAACAGAACCCCGAGCUAACAAAACCGCUGAAGUUCGAUCGCAUAUUAUGCGAUGUCCCUUGCUCCGGCGACGCGACUCUGAGGAAAAAUCCCGACAUAUGGCUGAAGUGGUCAACUGGCAAUGGCAACAAUUUACAUGGCAUCCAGUACCGUAUACUCAGACGCGGCUGCGAGUUGCUGUCGAUCGGCGGUAGACUGGUCUACUCCACUUGCUCUUUCAACCCGGUAGAGAACGAAGCUGUGAUACAUCGCCUGUUGCAAGAAGUUGGAGACACUGUUCAGUUGGUGGAUGUUUCUGGUUCGCUGCCUGGCUUGAAGUUUCACAAGGGCAUGACACAUUGGCGACCAGCAUCCAAGGACAUGGUGUUCUAUGACAAGUAUGAAGAUGUACCAGAGAAGUGGCAAACUGUGGUGAGGCCGCAAAUGUUUCCACCCAAAUCUGAGGACUUGGAUAAAUAUCAUCUGGACAGGUGCAUAAGAAUCCUGCCUCACCAUCAAGAUACGGGUGGAUUUUUCGUGGCAGUUUUCGAGAAAUCUGCCCCAUUACCUUGGGAGAAAGAUCAACCUAAGGCCGAAGCAACUGGACCUGAAGAAGAGAAAGAGAAAAAAGAACCCCCGAAAAAGAAAAGAAGAAUGGGUGGUUACAGAGAAGAUCCAUUUGUAUUUUUCUCUGGUGACACAGAAGAUGUAUUUCCUUCUAUAAAAGAGUUCUACGACCUUAAUGAAGAAUUUGACCCUACUUGUUUACUUACCCGUUGUCACGUUGGGAAGAAGAAGAAUAUUUAUCUGGUAUCACCAACAGUAAAAGAUGUUGUUCAGAAGAAUGAGAACAAUAUAAAGAUUAUAAAUACUGGCGUUAAGACGUUUGUGAGGUGUGAUAAUAAAAAUAUGACAUGUCCAUUUAGACUAUCCCAAGAGGGUCUCCAAAGCAUAUCCCGACACAUAGGCAAGAAGCGACGCCUGAACAUAUUGAAGGAAGACCUGAUACUCGUGCUACAGAAUGACAAUCCCAGCAACCCGCCUGAUGUUAAACUCUUCUCAGAGCAUACGCAGAACUUGGUUAAGGAUUUCGCAACUGGCAGCUGUGUCCUGGAAUACAAAGACCGGGAGUCGAACCUGGAGCUGACGCUGGUGGGUUGGAGGGGCGUGCACUCGCUGCGGGCGUACACCGCCACGCCCGACACUGUUCACUAUCUGCGCCUGUUGGGUGCUGACUACAGCAAAUAUGAUGUGAACAAGUUUAAGAAGGCUUCCGAACUGACGGAAACGGGAACUGAUGCUGCAGCGGGCGCCGAAACUGAGGCCACAAGCGAAAAUGACCUUAACGGCGUUGAGACGAGUCAAACUAAUAAUGAAGAUAAAAUCGAUUGUACGUAAGAUACGUUAUUGAUUAAUAAAUAUUAUAUAUUCA